CUCUAGUUUUGCAGAUACCAUCACAAGGGAAAUUUUGCAGAGAAAAGAAACAAAGUGAUCGAUACCGAGAAAGAGGGGAGAGACGAACGCGGCGAGAAAGGGAAAUUUUGUGUGGCCGAAUGGAUACCGGAGCGGCAGGGGGUGUCCUUGCCGGAGACGAUCUCUCCUCCUCGGCUUCAUCCCCCGCUGCAGCCAUUUCCCGGUGGACCUUUGCUAUUUCGCGGCGGUACCAGCAUCUCCUGGACAAGUCGGUCCCGCACAUUCUCUACCGUUGGAUCGGCUGCCUGGCCGUCAUUUUCAUCUACGCUCUGCGCGUGUAUCUGGUGCAGGGAUUCUACAUCAUCACCUAUGGCCUCGGCAUCUACAUGCUCAACUUGCUUAUGGGCUUUCUAUCUCCUCAGGUCGAUCCCGAGACGCUAGAUGGGCCCACUCUCCCUACCCGCGGAUCCGACGAGUUCCGCCCCUUCGUACGCCGUCUCCCUGAGUUCAAGUUCUGGUAUGCUAUUACCAGAGCAUUCUGCAUUGCCUUUGUGAUGACGUUCUUCAGUGCCUUUGAUGUACCUGUCUUUUGGCCAAUACUCCUUUUCUACUGGUUCAUGCUAUUUAUUCUCACAAUGAGGAGACAAAUUCAGCACAUGAUCAAAUAUAAAUAUGUCCCAUUCUCAUUUGGGAAACAGCGAUAUGUUGGAAAGAAAGUACCUCCAUCUGACAGCCCAAACCUUCCUAGGGAUUGAGAUUCUCAGCCUCCACCUGGGAUGCAGAAGAUGGGAAAGUUUUCAGAAGGAGUAAAAUAUAAGCACAUUGGAUCAAUCUGCUGUUUCCUACCAGAGGUUUACUGGUUCAGCCUUGGUAUGUUUUAGUGAAAGAUUCAACUUAGGGAAUCAAAAUGACUGCCAUUCAAAUUUUAAAAAAAUCCUUGUGUAUAAAAGGGGCAUGCUACAUUUCCUAUUACUUGGACAUCAAUUAAGUGAUUAGUUCUUUUUAGAAGGGAAUGCAAAUUAAGCAACAAGUAGGAUUUAUGUUACAGUCCCACUUUUUGGCCGUUGGGGAUGGUUUUACUAGAGAAUAAAUACCGCAAUGGUAGUUAUUGCAGGUGGGGAAUUUCUCAUUUUCUAUUUCUUUUAGAAAGGAAAGCUUGUUGUUUACCUUACUUUCAAUGGAAAUGGUCAAAAGGCUCUUUUGAAGUA